GUUAAAUACCGUAAGAUUCAGGUUCGAGCGAAUCUGUAUUGCCGUUAAACCAGUAAUAAAUGUUGCUUCAUUAAUAGUUUAUACGGUAAAUUUCUACACAUAUAAACGCUCGGCUUUUUAUCUGUUAGCAACAUGUGCAAGCUGUAUGAUUAGCUACUUAGCUAGCAGUACAGAUUUGAAAAAAUGGCAGCGGACAUGAGGACGGAGGACUACCCUCAUGAGAUAGACGAACAGCUCACAGGCUUCGACUCCUCCGUUUCUUCUGUCAAAACCAUGUUAGAGAAAUUGAUGUCGAUGCCUAGAAAUGACCUGCUGCAAAAGCUGGAUCCUUUGGAUCAAGCCAAGCUGGACCUGAUGUCUGCCUACACCCUCAAUUCAUUAUUCUGGAUGUACUUGGUUACACAAGGAGUAAAUCCCAGAGAACAUGGAAUCAAGCAAGAAUUGGAGCGAAUAAGGACUUACAUGAACAGAGUGAAGGAGAUCACUGACAAGAAGAAAGCUGCCCGUCUAGAUAAAGGCGCCGCUGCACGCUUUCUCAGGAAUGCUCUCUAUGAUCCAGAGGAAAAAGAAUCGAGAAAAAGAACAGCAUCCAAGAAAGCAGCCAACACACCAGCUGACACCCCGCAGUCAAAGCGUCCAAAGCAGAGCUGAAAUUAAGGAGGAUCUGUACAGUCCUUGCAGUUUGCACCACUUACUUGGGCAGCAAACACUGGAGUUAACAACUUUGCUCACAAGAAAUUUUCUAAGACUGUUUGAUAAGGCAUCAUAUAAGACAACUUGAGACAACAAAAUAUACUUUGGUGUUCAUCUGGGUUGCUCACCAGUCAGGAUCAUGGAUUCAGCAAAUGUUGCUAGAUGUAGUAGAAACACAAGACUAACUAAAUGCCAUCUACAACACACCAUCCAGGUUUUUCUGAACAUAUUUCUGGACAAUGAUGCUGGCAACUGCUCUAGAAUUUAAUGGAUACGUAAAAAAUGUUUUUUUUGUAUUAAGGAUAAAUGUUAAUGCCUGUGUGUUUUGAAGUAAUUUUUGCAAUGUGCAUGUUUUUACACAUUGCACUGAUAAAUGUAUGGUGAUGCAUUUUCUUUUAUUGACUUUAAUUGACUUAAUGAAUAAUGCUGAACAAACCUGAUGUUUGAGUCAUUUUUAGUUUAUAUUCCUGUUCUUUUGUUCAUGUUUUCCAUUGUUACCUGUUAUUGUGCAGGAAACAUUGGUAAUAAAAUUCUUAGGUAAAACAA